CAUAGUUAGUCGAUUUUUCAUGUGCAUUUUCCUCCUUUUCCUAACCCCUCAUGCUCUUUGUCACACUCUUACGAUGAAGGAUCCAGUCGUAACAACCGCACCUUUUGAGUUUUUCAAUAAUUUUAGAAGUUCCAGGAAGGGUGAUAGCUGUGAAGGACUCCAUCAAGUGAAGAAGUACCUCUACCAAUUUGGUUAUCUCAAUACUCUUGAUGCUAAAAAUAAGGAUUUAUUCGACGAUACAUUAGAAUCUGCGAUCAAAACUUACCAACUCAAUCACAACCUCGACAUUACUGGAUUUUUAGAUUCUCGUACAGUGUCAAAAAUGAUGAUGCCACGAUGCGGGGUAUCUGACAUAAUCAAUGGAACUAACACAAUGUACCGUGGCACCAACCCCUUGAAUGCUUCACAAUUCACUUUAUUUCCAAGUCGUAGAAAAUGGCCUGAAACCCUACUUACCUAUAGAUUUCUAAGUGGUUUUCCUCAAAGCUUCAUGGAGCCCAUACGAUAUGCCUUUGAAAUAUGGUCCAACAAGACAAGCUUCUUCUUUUUCAAACUUCGAGAUGAUCUUGAUGAAGAAUAUUCAGAUUUACAAAUUGCUUUUGUUAAUGGUGAACAUGGCGACGGAUAUCCAUUUGAUGGACCCGGUGGGGUUCUUUCACAUGCUUUUCAACCGACCGAUGGCCGAAUGCAUUUUGAUGCAUCCGAGGAUUGGAUAGUUGGUUCUCUUCCUCGUACGAUUGAUAUAGUUAGUGUUGCAUUGCAUGAAAUUGGGCAUCUUCUUGGACUUGGGCAUACAAAUAUUCCGGAUGCAAUUAUGUACCCUAAUAUCCGUUAUGCUAUGGUAAAAAGAACUCUACAUCAAGAUGAUAUCGAUGGAAUUAGAACUUUAUAUGGAUCUUGAUAGCAAGAUUAGUUAUCAUAGGCACCAAUCAAGAUCAGGUUAUAAGUCCCGUCCUAAGUUUUCAAGGUCAUUUUGAGUUUAAACAAAAGUAUAAUUUAGGGUUUGAAGAAUAACAUUAUAUAUUAGUUCAAUUUGACUUAGCUACAAUGUUCCAUGUUUAUAAUUACAACGUUAUUCUUGUGCAGAUUCAAAAUAAACAUUAUAUC